UACAAAGUUACAUUACUUCAGCGUUUUUGAAUGACGAGUCGCACACAUUAUUCCACCCUGAGCAAAGAAAAAUCCAAAGCUCCUUCAUUUUCAUCUAUCAAUGCUGGAGCAAGUAUGCCAGUAAUGGUCUACAUUCAUGGAGGAAGCUAUCAACAAGGCUCAAAUUACAGAUAUAUCUACGGUCCCGAAUACAUCUUAGAUAAAGAUAUCGUAUUGGUUACAAUCAAUUAUAGACUGGCAGCUUUAGGAUUUUUAAGCCUCGGUGACGAGGUUUUUCCUGGAAAUCUGGGCUUGAAAGAUCAAGCAUUGGCGCUGGAAUGGAUCAAUGAAAAUAUCAAAUUUUUCGGCGGGAACCCGGAUUUGGUCACUAUUUUCGGGGACAGCGCGGGAGGAGCCAGCACCAGCCUCCACAUGUUCUCACCCCUCAGCAAAGGUUUAUUCCAUCGGGCGAUCUCAAUGAGUGGGACAGCGCUAUGCCCGUGGGCUGUGAUCCCUCAACCUUUGGCAAAAGACAGAGGGAGAGCAUUUUUAACCCUUUUAGGAUGCCCCACCGAACCUUCCACAAAAGCGCUUGAAUGCCUCCAAAACACACCACUCGAAGCUAUCAUGAACGUUCAGCUCAAAUUUUACGAAUGGUUGUUUCUGCCCUUAGUUAUUUUCGGACCCGUGAUCGAAGAAAAAGGUCGACCGGGGGCUUUCUUGACCCUCAACCCUAAAACUGCACGCCCUGAAUCAUCAAUCCCCUACAUCGCCGGUUUCAGCUCUGGUGAGGGUGGAAUUGUCGCUUCAGGUUUGUUCACAAAGGCUCCUCACUUCGUCCAAGACUUGGAAACGGCUCCUGACCGACUCCUUCCUCUCCUGCUCAAUCUCAGAGGCAAAUAUGAUCAAAGGGCAUUGGACGACAUCAGUGAGCAAAUUAAAGGCUACUACUUCGGCGGUAGACAAAUCAACAACGACACAAUCCCAGAAUUUAUAGAUAUGAUCACAGACAAUUGGUUUAUGUACGGGACCUUGGCAGCAGGCGUUCGGUGGGGAUCACCUGCCUAUCUGUACUAUUACGACUACCCUAGUGCACUUUCCUACAAUCAGAUUUUUGGAGAUGGUUCAAUUAAAAGUGUGAGCCACUCGGAUAUUCUACUCAAUCUCUUUCCACUGACUGCUUAUUUUCCCAACCGAGUCUUGAGUAAAGAAGAAAAUAAAGUCUCGAGCCGAAUUCUUGAUUUAUGGACCGGAUUCGCAUCCGAGGUAGCCUGGGGGAUCCAGGAACAUGAUUGGCAGCCAAUAAAUAUGGAAAAUCGCAUAAGAUUUCUCCACAUAACACAGGACAAGCCGAUAAUGAGUGACAACCUUCUGCAUGACCGAUAUCAAUUCUGGAAGGCAUUAGAUUACACACAAGGUGGAAAAUUAGCUGUCAUAAUUUGAAAUGGAGUCCAAAAAAGCUUUUCAAUAUUUUUUGAAUUCAGGUCUUUGAGAAUCGGACAUAAUACGUGACAACUCUCUGAUUGAUCAGGUUCUAAAAAAAUUUGGAUGGAGAAAUUCUGUAGAGAAAAUUUUUGGUCAAAUUAAAUCCUUGAAUAAAUUAUAUUCAGUUUCGUCCUCUUAUCUUAGCUCAAAGAACCGUUUGACAAAAUAAUGCAUGGAAUGGACCACAAAUCAAUUUAGAUUGACUGCCUUGCCGCCUUGCUCUCAAACCCAAGAUUACUGGGGUAAAUUACAUGCUGAACUCGUUUUGGCAUGUGGUACCACGAAAUUGAAGACUUUAACUGAAGAAAAGCCAAACAAAUGUUAGGUUGCUCAAUUUUCUCUCUUAUUUAAUUUUUUUGGCAGAAAAUCAAACUACACAAUGCCUGAGGACUUUUUGUGAAAUUAACCUAAACUAUAAAGAAUGUACUCACAAAAUUUUCAGUUUCAGUGUUACUUGGUUUUCUAGUAAAAAAAUAAAAUUUCAUGGGAAAUUAGGCAACAACAGACUGAUUCUGUCCAAAAGCAAUCACAUUUUGACCUCGGUUAUUGAUUUCUUAUUAUACAUCCCCAGUUUCCCUAUGCAUAAAGGUGCUUACAUGAAUGAGUUAGAAAAUAGUAGUACCUAAUGUAAAAUACAGUCCAAAUGGAUCGAAUCAAAAGAAGGGAACCAUCUCGAAUACAAUGUUGUAAAAAUUAUCUAAAAAAAUAUAAUAAUGCUUAUACAGCAAAAAGUUUUCAUUUUUCUACCAAAAAUUGUUGAUUUCAAAGGAAAACGAUUGUGUAAAAUUAUUGUAAAUGUAUUAGGUAUUUUUAAAGGAAAGAAGAAGUUACACUUUUUUUAAAAUACUGUAAUGGAGUUGGUUCCCUUCUGUUAAUAAAUGCAGUCCAACAAACUAUGGUCCAUCAAAUGUAGUUGGUUGUGAUGUUACAACCUCAUAAUAAAUUAUUUAUUGUCACUCUACUA